UUUGAUUGGUGGGUUCUACCGGAAGAGUGGGAAGUUCAAAACAGUGGUGGUGUUUUUGUGUCGCGUCCACAACGAAGUAUGGAUAAGAAGAAAUCCAAAGUGACAGUGGUAGUCCGUGUACGACCAAUUCUAAAGGCUGAAGACAAAAACUGUGUAAGCUGCACUGCUGACUCUGUAGAAAUCUUCAAUCACCGCAACAUCAAGGAGAAUAUCAAAUAUGACUUCACAACAGUGUAUGACAUAUCUGCAACUCAACAGAGGCUGUUCCAAGAGUGUGUGAAGCCCAAACUACAGCAUGCUUUACAGGGACAGAAUGUGUCUAUAUUUGCAUAUGGACCCACAGGGGCUGGAAAGACUCACACCAUGUUGGGAUCCCCCAGUAAUCCAGGAGUCAUCCCCCGGGUCAUCAAUGGAGUGUUUCAGAAUAUUGCUGACGAAAAGAAAGCUUGCAAGGGAGAACAGUGGAAAUACAGUGUCUCCUUUUCUUAUCUAGAGAUUUACAACGAAAAGGUUAUGGACCUGUUGGAUGUUAAAAACUCUGAUCUCCCUAUCAGAGAAGAUGGAGACAAAAACAUAUUUGUCCCUGGACUGGCAAAACAAGAGAUACAAAGUUUUGAUGAGUUUAAAGUUCACUUUGGACCAGCCUCCAAUAACAGAACUGUUGCCAUGACCAAGCUGAAUGACCGGUCUAGUCGGAGUCACUGCAUCCUACUACUGAACCUCCGCAAGUCACAGUUGUGUGCUCCAUUCAGAGAACUACAUGGUAAAGUCUAUCUGAUAGAUCUGGCUGGGUCUGAGGACAAUAGGAGGACUGGUAACCAAGGCAUCAGGCUGAAGGAGAGUGGAGCCAUCAACAAGUCUCUGUUUGUGUUGGGAGAGGUGGUGGACGCCAUCAACAACAAUCUGCCUCGGGUGCCAUACAGAAACAGCAAGCUAACCAGGCUACUACAGGACUCUAUAGGUGGCUCCUGUCACUCGGUCAUGAUCACCAACAUUGCCCCCGAGGAGCGGUACUACUAUGAUACCUACUGUACCCUGAAUUUUGCCAGUAAAAGUAAAAAGAUUGUCAACAGCACCUGUGUGAGGGAGACAAUACCGUCCAGACAGGAGCUUGUAAGAAAAACACCUGCUCGCCCAGAUGACGACGAGGCAAGUCUACCAAAGAAAGCAAGAAUGUCUGCUAAAGUGGCUAACACACCACCAACAACACAGGACCCUGCUCCCUUCCUCAGUCCCUUACUACGUCGACAGAACCGUCUAGAGGAAACAGUCAAUCGACGACUUGAAGAUCUAGAAAAGAACAUCCUCAGCCAGAUGAGAGAAAUGACACAAACAUCGGGUCAAUCGGCAACAAACCCAGAUUUCCUGUCUCAGCUCCAUAAACAAUUGGAAGCAAGUCGGCAACAAUUACAAACAAUUGCACAUCAUACACCGCCAGCCUCGCCCAUUAAUCCAGGUGUCCUGGCAGACAAGACUAAUGUUUCACCUCCGAAACCGAAAACAUCAAAACUAAAGCGUCAGAAGAGUGAGAAUGAUGUCAGCUGUAGCCCCCUGUUUGCUGCCCAGUCCCGGGUCUUCAAGAGGGGGUUCAGGUCCUCAGCAAGCUCCUCCAGACUUACAGACACAAAGAGUGUAACAACAACAGAGGAUUCUCUCAGCUCCACAGAUUUACAGAUGUCCAUAAAUGAAGAAUUUCUGACCAGACUCAAUACAUCAACAAUUAAGGAUCUUCAGUCGUUACAGACAGUAGGGGUCAAGCGGGCAAAACUCAUCUUUGAAUGGCGGGAGGCAUAUGGCCUGUUUUCUAAUUAUGAAGAUUUAAAGAAAAUCCCUGGUUUCACAGACAAGUAUAUUGGAAAUCUAUUAAAGAGUAAUCUAGUGGCAGUAUCAUGAAGUAAAGCCUCACAAUGACUAGUGCAGAGACUCCAGUCCAGUGUUGAGUAAAACUAUCGGCUUCCUCAGGUACAAGCAUGACAGAAUGGAACCUUCCAAGAUGGCUAUACUCAGAGUGGCAACCCAAACUUUGAACAAACAUUGAUUUGAAAGCUUACCACAUGGGUUGGAAGUAAAAAUUUGGUUAGGUUCUGACUGUUCUGUUAAAGAUUUGGAAAACCCAGUUCCUUAAUUUAGUGAAGUAUAUUGAAAGGAAUUACUGGGAUCAGAAGAGGUGUUUUAUAAUUACCUUUAUUGUCAGCAAUGUUAUCCAGUGGAAAAGUCUUCAGCAUUACUCAUGAAACUGGUGCCAGUGCACAAAGUGUGAGACAAGGUUCAACUAAAUUGUCACAUAAAGACUGACCACUGACCACUGUGAUCACUAAACGUGAAAUAAAAUGGCAGCUUAACGUUAAUCUAUCACAGAAAAUGAAGUACCUCUGGUAUGUUGACUGUGUCUGCAGUCUAAAGCCUCUUAUAACAAUAUCUUCAACACAUGUAUUGUAUUUUACAUGAAGACACUGAUUUUUACCAAGGAAAUAUAAAUAUCCUGGUGAAAAUUGAAUUAAGUGGUAACUCUAUGUCCUUGUAGUCUAAACUAGAACUGUAAACAUCUCUCAAUUUUUUAUAGUAUGUCAACUGCUUACAGUAUAAUAGAACUGAUGUAUUAGUUCUUCUAUAUCAACAGGAUGUACUUGCUGAUGAUACACAACUUUCUAGAUUUAAAACAUUGAUUGAACUGUUUAAUAUAUCAAUAACUAUCGGUUUAUCAACUAAAGGCUUACUCUUAACAUGUUUAUAUUCAAUAAUUAUACUUAUUUAUGGUAUAAAGCUUGGUCAUUCAAUUUGACUUCACGCAUACACUGUAAUGAAUUUUAACAUUGAAAAUAUGCAUAACUUUGUAUAUUAGAGAGUUUAUGUGCCAAAAGAUGCAUUUGAAUAAAAAAAACCAAUCUGGAGAUUUCCGGUAUCAUAGCCUUAAUAUGUUGAUAUUAACUGUAUACAAUGGGCCUAUGUUAAUCAUAUUAGAUCUUAAUCAACAGUUUGGGUGGUAGUUGUAGCCCUGGAUAUAGCCACAGACUACUCGAACAUGCUAUAGAAAUAUGUGUCCCAGUUUAUAUAGUUUUUAUCUCCAUCCUGAUCUCAAACAAGUAUGUAAAUAUUGUGGGUAUGAAUUUUGUAAAUAUGUAAUAUACAGUAAUCAUGUUUGUAAUCCCCCAUGUGUGGGUUUGUUGUAUAUAAACACCAGGUUAUGACAACACUGUUGCACUCAGUUUAAAUGAGCAAAUGUUAGUUGGGUACAUAGUACUUAAUUUUGUGUGUGUACAGAAAAGUAAUAAAAUUUCAAAGUAUUAAAGUUAAAGGGCCAUCUGUCCCAUAUAUCAAUAUACAGGUUUAAUACUCUACAGAUAAAUAUCAUACUAUCAUUUCGACUUUAUUCCAGUUCGGAUGAUAAAACAUAUUCUCACUUCCAUUACUUAUUCUUGGAUACAAUUUAAGCUGCAUUAGUGAUAUCUACAAUCAAAUUGUCCUUUUAUAUUAACUGUGAGAAAAGAAACCUAGAAAUCAUCAUGAUAAUAACAUCUUUUUGUUAGGAUGCUCACUCUCGGCAAAAUUAUAGAUAAGGUAGAAUAAAAUACUCUUCAUAGACCAAAUUUGUGGAUUUCAUGACCUUGAAUUCUUGAUGUGGCCUUUGUCUUCCUGUACAGUACAUACACAAAUACACACAAGCAUACAAUAACUACAAAGGUGCCCAUCAUAAAGCUACACAAAAUUUUAAUUGGGAUCUUUGUUCAGGUUUUUUUUUAAUGGACGGUCCUAUACAAAUUGUUACAGCCUUGGAUGAACUGUUUCACAUUUUUGGAUUUGAAAUCAUUUGACAAUAAAUAUAACCGUUAGAAUGCCAGAAAUAUUUCGGAUGUUUGAAAUUAAAAACUGACACCUGUUUGGUCAGUGCCUAAUUUUAAAACCAAUUUUGGAAGAAUAACGGAGGUAACAUUCAGUUGUCUUGAUAUAUCGGAGGUGUUUGGCCGACAUAUUUUAUGUAUCGAAUAUUUCUGACAUUAAACAAUCCAUAUAAUUGUACUAUCAAAUUGUCACUGAUGGCACAAACACCUUAGACCUAUCACAUCACGGAUUACACACAGACACCUUAGACCUAUCACAUCACGGAUUACACACAGACACCUUAGACCUAUCACAUCACGGAUUACACACAGACACCUUAGACCUAUCACAUCACGGAUUACACACGGACACCUUAGACCUAUCACAUCACGGAUUACACACGGACACCUUAGACCUA